AUGCCAUUGAACGAGAAAAAACGCGGUCGACCACUACACAGAAAGAACGCACCGGGCCACAAGGCAGGAAGACCACGAAAAGAUGAAACAAGGUCGACUGACUUGCCAAAAGGGCAACAAACACUCAAUUUCAACAAAAACGGCUCCAAUCUUGCUGAGCCUAUUGAAGAUUUUGGCAAUGAUCAAGAUCUGUAUGAACCUGAAAUCGUCGUACCUGAAACCAAUGAUUCCGCGGAAAACCAGUCCACGACAGAUAUUGCGACGGAGACUGAGCAGCAAACAGCUGAGGUUGAUAAUAACAGCGCAGAUAUGGAGUUUGACGACGAUUACGUUGACGAAACUGCUCCUAUACCAGAAGAUGAUCUGCCUGAAGGUGAAGAAUCGGAUAGCGUAUUGAAAAAAUACUUCCUUGAAUUACAACGACGCUUCCAAGAGAAAGACAACGGAUAUCCAAGGGAAUAUCGCAACGGUACUUUUUGGGUGACUCCAAAGGAUCCUUAUUUCGCUUUAAUGGAUAACCUUGACCCAGACGAACUUUACAAACCACGCGUGUUCUUAUGGUUUCCUCACCUCCUUGUCAAAAACUUCGAGUCAUUAAAAUGUACUCUCUGCAAGUCGAAUCUUAAAGUCAAGGGAUACACAAAAACACCAUGUGCACGUCGUGUGGUCGAUCUUGACAGCUGCUUUUAUAUUAUGGGCAUGCGUUACGAAUGUACCAAAAAAGAAUGUGGAGCUACCAUAAUCAGCAACGAUCCAGAUAUAAUCCGACAAUUACCUUACAUGUUGCAAUGUGAAUAUCCUGGUUACAUGACUCAUCGCUGCGGCCUAGCAAAAACAGUUGGUGAUUUGUAUCGACCUUGUGUACAAAACUCGGUGGGACCCAAACGUUUCCAAAAGAUUCUGCGUGAAAUGCACUGGCUUAAAUACUCCAGAAGAAAAUUUCAGUAUUAUCAAGCCGUCCUCUUUCGACGCCUCAAUCCAACUGUGUCUCAGACAGGAAACAACAACGAUGCGAAACGUUUUUCUGAUUUCAAUGAUCAAUCCAAAUAUGCCGGUCGUAUACCAUCACCACAAUAUUUCCGUACAUUUUAUACUGUUUUUAUCGGUGAAAUACGACGACUAUUGGACAGGCAGAUUGAGAUCCUUGACGGUGUUUAUUUAAAAGGUGAUCACACGUUCAAGUUGAUCAAGCUCAUGAGCAAGAUAAACGGCCAACAAGCUUUCGCUGCCCUCUAUACGGUACUGAACGAAUAUGAGGAAGUACGCCUUCAAUUCCUUGUGCCAUCCAAGGCAUUAUAUCACUUACAAUACGCAUUUGAUGCAAUGCACGCGUUACCAUCACUUACAAAGGAUGUUACGCCAGUUAUCGAAAAAGAGCCAGAAGCUGUACUCAAUGCCCGUACAUAUCCGUUACUCCAAAUUCCAGAUCAUGUUGGCGUUCACUGCAUCCGUAAUCCUGAGGAAAUUGACUCUUCUGUUACCUUGCUUCUUCGACAAGCAGAAGCAUCGUCUUCAAUUGGCAAUGGUCAAUCUGAAUAUAAGUCACAAGCAAUUGGAUUGGAUUGCGAAUGGCCAUUCAAAAGAGGAAACCGGCGUGGAAAAGUUGCUACUAUACAACUUGCAUACGAUGACACGGUGCUGGUAUGCUGCGUCAGCCAGUGUGACAAGUUGCCGACUUCUUUAAGUGCUCUACUUUCAAGUAACCGAAUCUUGAAAGUCGGCCGUAAUGUGAGCAAGGACCUCAGCAACAUCGAAGAAGAUUUUAAUAUACGAUGUAAAGGAGCAUGUGAACUCGGUGCAUUUUGCAAGAGCCAAGGCGCGAUUCAGGAUGGAAGGAUGGGAUUGAAGAAUAUGUGUGAAGUGAUAUUCGGACGAACACUUUACAAAGGUGAUGAUGUCCGUCAAAGCAGCUGGGAUGCUCUGGACCUUACGGAGGAUCAAGUGCAUUAUGCGGCAUUAGACGCGUGGGCCUCUUUACAAGUUUUCGAAGAAGUGAGAAGCCAUGGUGUCAUUGGACUGCCCAUCUCUCAACCUACUGAAGGCACUGAUAUCUCAUUUCAUCCUGGGCGUAUGAAGGAUGCUGCUGCUUAUGGGGAGAUAGCAAAGCAAUACAACGAGUUGAAUGGAGUCCAAGUCAAGAAAAACCAAGUCAUCAUCACUGUUAAAAGAGUCCUUAUCCCUGCUGCUAUUGCUGACGAAGACAGCGAUGAAUCGAUUGAUGGAGAAUGUGAGGACGAUAUAGAAGCAAUCGACGAUGAGGAAAAUAUUCAAGUAUUAUCAUCGGGCAUCCAUGAAGAAAGCCAGCAAUAUGGCCAUCGACAAUUCCAGCAACUUCGCGACGGCCAACACACCUCACCAAACAGCACUAGUGGACCCAUUCGAUCAAGAAUCCUAAAGGAUAUUUUUCACCUGAUGGACAUAAUCAAAGUGUCAAAAAAGCAUGGUCUAUCAAAGAUAUUUUCACGCGCUUUCCGCGAUGCACUUUUUAUCAUUGACAAGAGUGAUAAAGAAAAAGUGAAGAAGGUACUAGCAAAACAAGGAACCACGUGGAAUAAGAAGCUUGGUGAAAACCCGAAUUGGAUUUUCCGUAGGGUUAGACGUGUUGUACCGCCUCCCGAAGAACUGUAUCCAACAGUCAAAAAGUUGUUUGAAACAUACGGUCCAUUGAUUUGCGCUAGAACAGGUCGUCCUUUGUUCGACUAUGACAACUGGCGACAAGCAAAAAAUGUGUUGACAAUCAUUCAUCAAGGCCAUGUAUCUGAUCCUCCCGGAAUUCCAUUUUAUUUCGUUAAAGGAAAAGACAAGGAUGGCUUAACUCUGUAUCGCUGCACUCGGGGAACCAACUCCCUUGAGGGAGGAAUUCAUCAGAAUCUGAUCAGAAGUUUUGGCUCAUUUGGUGCCAGUGUAGAGCUUGUUGAAUCUGCUUUGGCGGAUUAUCGCCUACGGCACAAUACUAAUGCUGGAUCUCUUAAUCGAUAUGGUCGUGUCCAUGAUGGGCAUUAUGACCCUUGGUUGGAUCAAUAUAUCAACGAACUGGAAAUCGCUCUUAAUAUACAAGUUCCACGAGCACAAUAUAAGUUUAUUGCUGCACGCCAAAAAGCAGCGCACGCUUUGGUGCCAGUUCAUACGCCAUCCGAGAAAGACUUAUUCACGGAUCUUUUAGACAAGCAUUUCCCGCAUCACAAAUCCAAAUCCGUCGAUUAUGUCAGGCUUACAAAGAUUUGGUCACAGCAUGUCAAUGGAACAGAAAUAUUUUAUAAAGCACCAGAGCAUUUACGAAGCCGACAUAAUCUUACCAAAGAAAAAGAUAAUACCGAUAAAACAAUCAAAAACAACAAAGAAGAACUGGACGAAAUGCGCAAUACACUCAACUCCUCGUCGAGAAAAAGAGCAGCUCCAUCUCCACAGCAACAACAACCAUAUCACCAAAGUCAUCCCGCACUCAGCACUUCCACACAACAGCUAAAUCAGCCGAUACAAUAUCACACACAAAACCAAGGCCACGCUAUAUCUCAACAGCAGCAGUCAUUAUUCACAUACCAACAACAACAGCAACCGCAUUAUCUUUUACAACAGCAGCAAAUGCAUUUAACCAACUUCCAACAGCAGCAACUACCUCUACCACAGUAUACUUUUGUGCAGCAUCCAAGUUUAAAUCCAUAUCAACCACAAUAUCAAACGCAUACUUCGUUUCAACAUCAACUACGAAAUCCAAGUGGUAUUCAUCCUAAUAUACAACCAAUAAUACCGAAAAACAUAACAAGUAGCAACUCUUCUGCCAGCACCAAUAUACUUAGUGGGCUGCGUAAGUGGCACGAAAAAACAUGCAAGAUAUGUAAACGAUCAGACUGGAACGGCAAAAACAAAGGUGCUCAAAAUUGCCAGCAUAUGUGCGCAUGGUGUCGCAAACCGAACUGCCUUGGCAAAACAAGUGGCGCACAAUACUGUCAACAUAUCGACGAUUAG